CAUGUCUUUACUUUGGCAGAAAAUCUGUAGCUUUUCGGAGAGGUUCUAAAGGAUGUUUUACUCUCCUGAUUACCUGUAAAAUAUAUCUGCUUUUUAAUUUACAGUAUACAUACACUGGAAUACAUACUGUAGAUAUAGAUAUACUGGUCCUUCUUGGUUAAUUGAAAGUUGCACUUUGCACUAGCAUAUAUACAAAAGUAAUGUAAUAAGAACUACACGUUGUUGAAUUUACUUGACUGCUGAUGGUUCGUGACUCAAACCUGGUAUUACUUGCCUGUAUAUUUGCAUACAAUGUACUACAGCAUGCAAUACAACUUUUAUAGAUUAGCAUAGCAUUUAACAAACAAAUAUAUGGUGUGCAUGAUGUUUUGGAAAGGCCUCUAAAGAACAUUGUCCAAGCCCCAACCUAAAGAAGCUCGGAUCGCUAAUGAACGCUCCAGUGGUGAUUCGUCCCCUGAUAUUCUGAGCCUUGACGGACACUUGAAAGUGGAUAUUUGCUACCAGCCCUGUUCAUUCCUGCAUCAGCCACAAGACUGCUGUCCCUGUGGGAGCUGCUCUCACUGAAGGGAGACCCUACUGAGAGUCUGCUGCCCAGUUUUCCCAUGGCUUCCCUGCCUGGGAAGACGAUGCAGACUCCUGGCAAGAGCAGAAUCGUGGGAGAGCCGGUGAACACCUCGAGCAGCCUGAGCCCAGCCGUACCUGACCCAGUGAAGCGCUUUGCAUUGUUCUUGGAAAAUUGUGUGCCUGUUGCGAAUUCCUUGAACUUUGGCAUUGGGAGCCCACUUCUGCUGGGCCCCCCGUCUUUGCAGCUCGCCCAGAUUAAGACGCAGUUGGCCCUGCAGCAGUUGAACUCGGUCGCUUCCAGCAACCACUCACUGCCGGCUUUGUCGCUGCUCAACCAAGCCCUGUUGAAGAUCAAUAUGUCUCACCCGAUGUAUAACCCGAGGGGACCCUUUCCUGGUCAGAGAACAAUGGUGCCCAGCCAGUAUGGCAUGAACCACCCACAGGACAUCAUGAUGGGAGGGGCACACAUGGGGUCACAAGGGAUGCAGGGGAUGCAGGGGGUGCAAGGGAUGCAAGGGAUGCAAGGGAUGCAAGGGAUGCGGCCUCAAGGAAUGAUGUCUCAGAUGAUGCCUCAACAGAUGAGCUUCCAAGGACCUUCUCACAUGCCGUCCCCCCCAGCCCAAAACACCCUUUCGAGGAUCGACAUGCAGAUCCGAAACAGCCAAGAUGAAGUUCGCAUGCUGUCGCAGGUGUUGCAGCAGAUGGACCCGAGGUUAAGGAAGGAGAACAUGGAAGACUCUUUGCCCCCACGUGCAAGCAUGGAAGAGCAGAGGAUGAUGAGCAGAGUGGAAGACAGAGGCCCAGAGUGGUCUUCUUACCAGGCCCAGCCGACCCAGCUCUUUGCUCCGGGGUUCGGAGGUGCUCCGGAGAGGAGUCUCGCCAGAGGCGGAGAGAGCCAGCCAGCUCCACAGCCAGCAGAGAGGCGCCAGAACCGCUACACAUCGGAGAGCGCCACCAGCAUUCUGGCCAGCUUUGGACUGUCCAACAAAGACCUGGAGGAGCUCAGCCUUUACCCGGACGAGCAGCUCACGCCGGACAACUUGCCUUUUAUUUUAAGAGAUAUUAGGCUGCGGAAAACAAAAAGACAUUUGUCUGACCUGGAUCGUCCCCCGUCGUCUCCUGCAGGUGCAGAUCUGGUGGCCGGUGAAUCGCAGCACAGCAAGGUCAUUGAUUAUGGGCAUUCAAGCAAAUUUGGUUAUUCGGAGGAGCCUGAGGAACGACCGAUGUACAAACGAGAAGUGUCUACUAAAGAACAGGCCUCUGGAGGGCCAUCGAGCAUGCAGCCCAAAUUUGCAAUAGAGACGCUGGUCUCUAAAGGUACCCGUGAUCGGCCUACUUUUUCUAAGCAUUCUGGUAAGGCAGACUUGCCUGGAGACAAAAUACCACAGGCAAACAUGCCUAGCAGUGCAGCCAGAGUCCCGAACAAGCAACCUCCCAGCCAAAAGCCAGUUAGCAGGCCCCCCUCGAGCAACCCUCCCAGAGCCAGCCAGGUGGAAAGCAGCGGAUUGGCGAAAGCUUUCUCGCCGCCCAAAGGAUCCUGGACCCCGACGUUUCCCAUCAGUGAUUCAUCGUUGAGCAAGAGGCUGCCGACCCCCACCAUGAAGAACGAUUACUACGCUGCCUCUCCCAGAAUCUUUCCCCAUACAUGUUCACUGUGUAACAUAGAAUGUAUACAGUUACAGGACUGGAUUGAACAUCAGAACACAGCUCUUCAUAUUGAAAAUUGCCGGCAUUUCCGCCAUCAGUAUCCUGACUGGAAUCCUGAGGUAUUACCAAAUUUGAGGAAUGUCUCAAGCACUCCGCCAGAGAGGAAGAGCCCAAAGAGGCGCAGCAGGUCCAGCUCUCCCAGCCAGCGGCGAUACGGGGGUCGUUCAGGGUCUCGCUCCCGCAGGUACAGACGCAGCAGGACGAGGAGUCCCCCACCUCGCCGCCGGGCAAGAUUCAGCCCCCGCCGGUCCCUAAGCCCAUCACCCCCCCACCGCAGGACUCGCACACCCCCUCGCAGGUCCCGCAGCCCUCUGCCUGCCCGCCGCUCCCCUCGAAGGGUGAGCCCUCAUCGGGUCAGCCCCCGGCGACGCAACCGAUCCACCAGCAGCGAGAGACUGGCCAAGAAACUCCUCCAGUCCACAGGUUUGUCUGCCUCAGAGAACACUUCCUUGGAGGCUGUGAUGCAGACCCUGGCCCCUGCCAUCCUAGCAGAGCUGGCAAAGAAGAAGUCAGCCAGUGCCUCUGCCGCCUCCUCCUCCAAGACGCAGAGUAAACCCUCUGCUGCAGCUACCAAGAAGAAGAUCGAGCCUUCAGCAAGCACGGAGGUGCGAGCUAGGGACCCAGGCUCCUCCACUGCAACAACAAAGAAAACGAAUGAUUCAAAAACCACUGACCAAGCUAGUGCUGUCAAGAAAGAGACUGCUAACCCUAAGAACAACGGGGUCACAGUUCGCGUAUGGGAUUUGCCAGAUUUCAAGUACACUGACCGGGAUAUCAUCAAAGCUUUUCAGCCCUUUGGAAAAGUCAGCCAUGUGCUCAUAUUUAAGCGGAAAAAUGAGGCUUCCGUGACCCUGCAGUUUGAGGAGGCAGCCAAGGCAGUGGUUGAGUUUGCUAAAACUGAUCGUUUGCUGGUCCGGGGGAUACGAGUGCAAGUUGCCUUGGAAGACAAGUAUAUAAAGGAGCAGAAGAAGCCAACAGCUAAUAAAAAAAAAGAGGGGGCGAAUGUAAAGUCUAUAAAGAAUGCAGCCACCAAAAACACAGAAGCCCAGGAUGGUAAGAAGCCUGAGAAGAAAAAAGAGGAGCCUGUUAAACGUGUGAUCCUGAUUGCUGGGCUUCCAGAAAGUGGCUUCACCGAAGAAGACCUUACUAAACUAGCUAUACCUUUUGGUUUUUCAUCAAAACUUGUCAUUGUGACAUCACAUAAAAAGGCGUAUAUGGAGUUAUCAAAUUCAACAUCUGCAGAAGCCAUGGUUAACGUUUACAAGUCCAUUCCAGCUAAGUUAAUGGAGAAAGAACUGAGUAUUACAUUGCUGCCGAAAAACAUUGACCUGCAGAGCUCGGAGACUCUUUUCAAAGACAUAUAUGGACUGACCAAACCUGAUGAGAUAGAUAAGCUUCCACAGAAGUUAGUGACUAUCAGUAAUUUGCCAGGCGAAGGCAACGUAACUGAAGAGCUCCUUGAAAUGGUUAAGAAGUUGGGGACUGUGAAGCGCUCUGUUUGUUUGAAAGACAAGAUCAUUAUAGAACUGGAGACGCCAGCUGUGGCCAAGACGGUGUAUAAUUACUAUAAGGAGUUCCCCUGCACCAUGCAAAACAAAGUCCUUCAGUUCUCCAUGUCUCCGAAGGAAGUCUCCAAGGAAGAGAUCAAAAGAGAGCCAAUUAAAAAACCUGUUGAAACACCCAAAAAGACCACAGCUGCAGGUUCAGGUUCAAGCAAGGCUGCAGUUACAGCUCAGCCUACCCCCAGCUCAGCCUCUGUCACUGCAGCACCAUCUGUCUCCAAGGUGCAGAGUCAACCAGCAGUUACCAGCAAACCAGACCCUGCCCCUCUAUCCACAAGUACCAGCAAGCCUGACUCAACCAGUGUUACAGCAAAUGCUAGUGAGCCCACGGCAGCUGCUGAGUUAGUUGAUUCAAAUCAGCUGAAAACCAAUGGCAAAGUCACUCUCACAGCGACUGCAGAGACAAGCAAACCUUCGGAGGCAGAGGACCUCAAAAAAACAAGUACAGCUGUAAGCGCCUCCAACUCGGCGACUGACAGCUUGCAGAAAUCUGGAGGUCUGACAACAGAACCAAGCAAACCUGCAGUUCCGAAGACGGAGGCUCCUAGCACCAGCCCACCAGAUGCAGCCUGCAAGGAAGGUCCAGCUAACAGCCUUCCAGUAGCAAAGAGUGAGCCUACAACUCCCAUUACCAGCCUCCCCACACCCACUAAGCCAGCAGAGGUUACCAGCCAAUCCAAAGAUAGCAGUCUGUCCACGGUAACGAGCGAGACCACAAGCAGUGUCAUGGUUACUAUCCCCCCUGCACAAACGAGCAAGCCAGCAAAUGAAAGUCCAACCACGUCCACAGUCGAUGGCACAAUGACCAGUGAACUCGUGGCUCCUGUCCUCCCUGCAGCCUCGAGAGAUGCAAAGGCAGUUCAAACUCACGAGACGACAACCCUGCCAGCUCCGGCCUCCCAGGUGAGCACAGAGGCUCCUCCAGAUGCACCUGAAGUGAUGGACACUGCGUCCACCCUGGUAAUAGAGGAUGUUCUAAAAGCCUUGGAAAUUGCAGUGCAAGAAUGUGGGGCUCUAUCUACAUCAACCAGUGGCAGUGUGCCUGAUGGUCUGGCUCAAGAAGCGAGCGUCUCGAAUGCAGGCAAGUCUUCUGAGGGCAGCAAUGAGACUGCACCUGCGGCAACGCCCUCUGAUGUCAAAUCUACUCCGGAAGCACAAAUCAAAGAGGAAACGCCAGCAGCCACUGGUAACACCAAAGACGCCAUAGCUCCUGAAAAAUCAAAAGCUGUUCAAAGCAAGAACACUCCCAAGCCAUCUAGCAAGGAAUCUAGUCCGCAGGCAAAGGCCAGUGCGGCAGCAGACAAGACCCCCAGGACCAGAGAGACGAGGAGGACAACGGCCAAAACGGAGCCCAAGAAAGAGGAGGGCCGGCCCAGCCCAGCACGCGGAGGCAGGGGGAGUGCGACUGGGAAUCGGAGGGGCAGGGAGGCCAGCAGCCCAGCAGGGGGCCGCAGGGGACGGGAGGUCAAGGGUACCCCGCAACAUCAAGAGAAGGAGAGAAAGGCAACCAGCCAUGGAGAGGAGAAACACAAGAGCUACAGCUCUGGCAGGACAACUAGGUCUACAAGGAGCAAUGUAAAAACAGACGUGAAAGCGGAGGCGGAUGACGAGAUGUUUCCCUUUAACCUGGAUGAGUUUGUCACCGUGGACGAGGUGGGAGACGAGGCAGCAGCCCCCCAGGAACCCCUCGAGAAAGCGACAGGGGGAGUGAAACGCAAGGAGCCCUCUCCCAGGCGCCACUCAAUGCCUAGCACAGACCCCGCAGCCAAGCGCAGCAGAAUAGCUGAGACUGAGGCUCCGGCAGCAGAACACAAGCAGGGAGAAACGCCAGGAGCCUCAUCCUCUGAGAGUAAGCCGCAGAACAGGAAGGAGCGUGAGUCUGCGGCUGCCGCACUGGUCACUCUGGAUGAGGUGAGCGAGGAGGAAGAGGAUUACCCUGACGAUGAAGAAGAGGUGCAACCAGGGCUUGCUGGAGUGAAGGACCCCGAGGCACUGGUUACUGUGGACGAGGUGGAGGGAGGGGAGGUAGAGGGAGACAUGCAGGCUCUGGUCACCCUAGAUGAGAUUGUGGAUGAAGAGGAUGGUGAUGGAGGAGAAUCGGGGGCCUGUCUGCCUGCUGAGCACUCCCUGGUGACGUUGGAUGAGAUGCAGGAGGAUGAGGAGGAGAAUGCCUUGAGGGAGGAAGAGAGCGGUCUUCCCCCUUCUGCAGACACCAGUGCGCUGCCCAAGGAGGGAGGAGAGCACACUGUGGAGGGCUUGAGCUUUGUCACUGUGGAUGAGGUGGGAGAGGAGGAGGAGGAUGAUGGGGAGGAGGAUGAGGAGGAAGAGGAGCAAGUUCCUGCAGCACCGCCUGCAGGCAAGAAGCCCCUAGCAGCCAAGCAGAGAGUCGGGCGCCCCCGUGGGAAAAAGGGCAGGCAGGCUGCUGCAGUAAGAAAGUCCACCCGGGGCAGACCCAAAGCUGUCAAGGCGGCGAUGGCUGCAGAGGUGAAAGAGGAAGAGAUGGUGACCGAGAGGACUGAACCUACAGCAGUGCCUUUGAGCGACGCUACUUCUGGGGCUGUAGAACCAGCAAAGGAGAGCGAGACUGGAGAGUGCGCUUCCACCGUAACAGUGACCGAGACCAAAGAGAAAGUGCAAAUGGAACCAGACUCAACGACUCUGCCUGGGGGCGAGUCCAGCAAUGAACCGCUCGGUAAAAUGGAGCCCUGUGAGGAGACGACGCCCCCUGGUCCUGAAAAGGGCGACUCAAAAGUGACAGAGCUGGAGACGAAGCGAGAGGGGAGCCAUGCUGUUACACAGGAACCAGAGAUACGAGAAUCUGCAGUUACCAACCAGCCCCCUGCAAAAGGAACAUCAGGGAAAGACUCAAAGCUGAGAAGAGAUGCAGUGAAGGAAUCGGAAGCCAAGCGAGAGAGAUCGUCUUCCCCCCACGAGGAUCCCUUCACGCUGCCUCCGUUCGACAAAGACAAUCCCAUCGGCUUGGAGUUUGUGGUCUCGAAGACAGGAUUCUUUUGCCAGCUGUGCACUUUAUUCUACUCCAACGAGGAGGUGGCAAAGAAGAACCACUGCAGCAGCCUACGGCACUAUCAAAACAUGGAGAAAUACAUGAAGAAGCAGAGAGCUCAAGCCAGCUUGGAGUCAAGCAAAUGAGGAAGUUCAAGAAAGCGUUUUAUUUUUCAGAUCCCCCUUUUUUUUUCUCUCUAAUUCAUUUAUGGGUCCAGUUUAAUGAUGUCGCUGUGCAUUUUUGUUGUUUCCUCUUGGACCUGCGAAGAAAGGAAUUUUAUUUAAAGUGGUUUGCAAUGCAGUAACUGAACAGUCAUUAACUGUUAAAGCACUGUUCCGUUUUUAAUUUGUUUUAGUGCACAAAUAAACCUUCCUGUACAUGG